GUUCGUUCAUGGUACUUGUUCAAACAAGUUGCGAGUUUCAACCUUUUUAAGGUGACCUUACGGAACAUGUUUUGAUUCAUUGUUCCAUUUCCAACAACACAAUCAAUCUCUCUCUCUUGUUGUGUUACACAGAAAUUCCAAACUCACUUUAGAAUAGGAGAGAGAGAGUGACAGAGAAAAACCUUACUUACUUCCCUUAACUCUCUCUCUCUCUCUCUGAUACAGCAAAGCAUCAUGAUCUCCUCAACCAGAUGCAACUUCCUGGGUAACUCGGGAUUAGGUGGGUGUGGUAAUGUCUGUGGUGGACAGAGAAGAGGUUCUGGACCUUGGAGGGUGAGCUGUAUGUCACCAAGCAAUGACAGAAAUGGGAGCGUUGUUAUGGAGACACCUUUGAAAGAAAUUAAGAAUGAGCCAGUGGUGGAAGAUGUUGACAAUAACCCGAUCUCCGGUGGCGGUCCUCGCGAUGUUUACGGCGAGGAUAAGGCCACUGAGGAUCAUUCUGUUACUCCUUGGAGUGUUUCUGUUGCUAGUGGUUACACGUUGUUGCGAGAUCCGCACUUCAACAAAGGGUUGGCAUUCACUGAAAAAGAGAGGGAUGCUCACUACUUGCGCGGUCUUCUUCCCCCAACAACUAUUCCUCAAGAAACUCAGGUGAAGAAAAUGAUCCAGCACAUACGCCAAUAUCAAGUUCCGUUGCAGCGAUACACGGCAAUGAUGGAUCUUCAGGAAAGAAACGAACGUCUGUUUUACAAGCUUCUGAUUGAACACGUUGAAGAAUUACUUCCGAUUGUGUAUACUCCAACUGUUGGUGAGGCUUGCCAGAAAUACGGAGACAUUUUUAUGCGUCCACAGGGUCUUUAUAUAAGUUUGAACGAGAAAGGGAGGAUUCUUGAAGUGCUGAGAAAUUGGCCGGAGAAGAACAUUCAAGUCAUAGUCGUAACCGAUGGAGAACGGAUCUUAGGUCUUGGUGAUCUAGGUUGUCAGGGGAUGGGAAUACCGGUGGGAAAACUUUCUUUAUAUACGGCACUUGGAGGAGUUCGUCCUUCAGCUUGCCUGCCUAUAACGAUUGAUGUUGGGACAAACAAUGAGAAGCUGCUCAAUGAUGAAUUAUAUAUCGGGCUAAAGCGAAGACGAGCAACCGGGCAAGAAUAUUCUGAACUCAUACACGAGUUUAUGACUGCAGUCAAGCAAACUUACGGCGAAAAAGUCCUAAUUCAGUUUGAAGACUUUGCGAACCACAAUGCUUUUGAUUUGCUUGAAAAAUAUAGAUCAACACAUCUGGUUUUCAACGAUGAUAUUCAGGGAACUGCAUCAGUUGUUCUUGCUGGCUUAGUUGCAGCUUUGAAAUUGGUUGGUGGAAACUUAGCUGACCACAGAUUCUUAUUCCUCGGUGCUGGAGAGGCUGGCACCGGAAUCGCAGAACUCAUUGCUCUUGAAAUAUCUAAACAGACAAAUGGUCCGUUGGAGGAAAUUCGCAAGAAUAUUUGGUUGGUGGACUCGAAGGGAUUGAUUGUUAAAUCCCGAAAAGAAUCACUCCAACAUUUCAAGAAGCCGUGGGCUCAUGAACACGAACCUGUUACAAGCCUUCUCGAUGCUGUUAACCAAAUUAAGCCAACAGUGCUUAUCGGAACAUCGGGACAAGGAAAAACUUUUACCAAAGAGGUGGUUGAGGCGAUGGCUUCUCUUAAUGAGAAACCGAUUAUUCUGGCUCUUUCCAACCCAACAUCACAGUCAGAAUGUACUGCUGAAGAAGCUUACUUGUGGAGCAGGGGAAGUGCGAUAUUUGCAAGUGGGAGCCCAUUUCCGCCAUUUGAAUACAAGGGGAAAGUGUUUGUGCCUGGCCAGUCGAAUAAUGCGUACAUAUUCCCUGGGUUCGGCCUAGGUUUAAUAAUGUCCGGGACCAUUCGCGUGCACGACGAUCUUCUUCUCGCUGCAUCUGAGGCAUUGGCUGAACAAGUAACAGAAGAAAACUUUGAGAAGGGUCUGAUAUUUCCACCAUUCACAAACAUCAGAAAGAUUUCAGCUCACAUUGCUGCCAAAGUUGCUGCUAAGGCUUAUGAGCUUGGUUUGGCGACUCGACUUCCUCAGCCGAAAGAUUUGGAGAAGUUUGCAGAGAGUUGUAUGUACACUCCGGCUUACAGAACCUACCGGUGAAGUGACAAAAGACAAUAAUACCCCAUUUUCAUGAAAUUAUUUUACUGUCAAUUUUUUAUUUAUUUAUAUUUUAUUUUUCUGUUUUUGUUUUUAUAAGUAAUAAUUGAAUUGGGUGGGUUAGGAAGGAAAUUAGGAAGGUGUAGUUGUAGUUAAACUACUAAGGGUAGAUUGAAAGUUUAUGUUAAUGAUCUAUAUAUACAUAUUUUUUCUAGUUUCUGUGUGACAGUAUUUAAAAUUAGAAAUGGAACCAUUUUUAAAAAGUCA